AUGACCAUGUUCUCUUCAGAUUCGCAGUCGCGAUGGCGGACAGCGCUCAUUGGCGGGUUGCUGGCAACUCUCGCGAUGCUGCCGGGCAGUGCAGCACAGGCAAAGACGCAGGCGGAUUACUUUAUCCGCGAUCUUCCGGGCGCGCCCCAGCCGCUGCUGAAGAUGCACGCCGGGCACAUCGAAGUUGAUCCGGCGCACAACGGCAACCUCUUCUUCUGGCACUACCAGAACCGCCACAUCGCCAACAAGCAGCGGACGGUACUAUGGCUCAAUGGAGGCCCCGGCUGCUCCUCGAUGGACGGCGCAAUGAUGGAAGUCGGACCAUACCGGGUGACAGAGGAUGGGAACUUGAAGUAUAACAACGGCUCGUGGGAUGAGUUUGCCAACUUGCUCUUUGUGGAUCAGCCUGUGGGUACUGGCUUCAGCUAUGUCAACACAGACAGCUACGUGAGCGAGCUGGACCAGAUGGCAGCGCACAUGGUCAUUUUCCUAGAGAAGUGGUUCGCGCUGUUCCCAGAAUACGAGAACGAUGACUUCUACAUAGCAGGUGAAUCAUACGCUGGCCAGCACAUCCCCCACAUAGCGCGCGCCAUCCUCAAACGCAACAAGCAGCAAGGCAACCGACUGUGGCCGCUCAAGGGUCUGCUCAUUGGCAACGGCUGGAUCUCGCCCGUCGACCAGUACCUCGCGUACCUUCCUUUCGCCUACCAGAACGGCCUUAUUACAGCAGGGUCAGAGUCGGCGAGCCGGGUUGAACAGCAGCAGUCUGUAUGUGUCAAGGCACUGAACGAUGGUGCCAAGGACCGCGUCGACACGCCCGUCUGCGAGGCCAUCAUGACCACCAUUCUGGAAGAGACGAAGAACAAGGAGGCCGACAGAAUGCAACAGUGCAUCAACAUGUACGACAUCCGCCUGCGAGACGACUCUUCCUGCGGCAUGAACUGGCCUCCGGAUCUGAAACAGGUCACACCCUAUCUCCGCCGCCAAGAUGUUAUCCGCGCUCUCCACAUCAACCCAGACAAGAAGACAGGAUGGCAAGAGUGCAGCGGAGCGGUUACUGGCCACUUCCGUGCUCAGAACAGCGAGCCUGCUAUCAGGUUCCUACCAGAGCUCCUUGCUGAGGUACCCAUCACCCUCUUUUCCGGCGACAAGGACAUGAUCUGCAACCACGUCGGCACAGAGAACAUGAUCGACAAGAUGACCUGGAACGGUGGCAAAGGCUUCGAAAUCUCUCCUGGCGUCGUGUCUUCGAAGCAGGACUGGGCCUUUGAAGGCGAGCCGGCUGGCACCUAUCAGGAGGCUCGCAACCUCACCUACAUUGUCUUCUACAACUCUAGCCACAUGGUGCCCUUCGAUUACCCCAGGCGGACCCGCGAUAUGCUCGAUCGAUUCCUUGGUGUCGAUAUCGGCGAGAUUGGCGGAACCCCGGCCGACAGCGUGAUUGACGGUGAGAAGGGUCCAUUGACAAGCGUGGGCGGUCACCCGAACUCGACCAAGGCCGAGGAGGACAAGGCACAACAGCUGAAGGAGGCCGAGUGGAAGGCAUACUACCGCUCUGGCGAAGUCGCCCUUGUCAUUGUCAGCAUUGUUGCCAUUCUAUGGGGUACCUUCAUAUGGCGCAGUCGCCGCCGCAACAACGGCUACCAAGGAGCGGACGGAGACGAGGGUCGAGAGUCCCUCCUCACUGGCAUGGGCCUGGACAACUUCAGACGCAAAGAGCGCAGAGCGGAUCUCGAGGCCGCAGACUUCGACGAGCGAGAACUCGACGACCUGCAUGAUGUGCCCAAGAAGACAAACGGGUACUCGGACAAGACACGGGGGCCGCAGAAUGAUUCCACGUUCAGUCUGGGUGUGGACAGCGACGACGAGGCAGGCGGCAGUGAGCAAGGCCGCAGGAAGGAAUAG